AUGACAACGGUCCUUGACGAUGCCUGGUGGCAUCGAGACUUUGAUUUCCCCCUCGACCUCCCUCGCGAAGCCGGCGGCACUCAUCACGAAGACAUGCAUACCGAGGCGCUCAACAAGGUGCGCGCACGCUCCUCGACCGGCCGCGACUACCUGUACACCGUCUGUAGCGCGCGAAUCGAAACCGACGACUUUACCGAAGAGGCGCAGCAUUUUGUUAGAUGGUACUACACCCCUGUCGACGAUAUAGAAGCCAUGAGAGACAACUUCUAUAUCCGAGACUACCAGCACACCCUGGCCUACGGCUUGCCUUCAAUCUACCACGUCUGCGACGACUGGGUCAACUACGACCUGAUGGAGCCCGUUCUCGACGCCGCCUUUGCGUCCUGGAGGAAUUCUAUAUGGAAAGUCAACGGGCACAGACACUGA